AUGAAAGUAUUCAUUGCCAUUGCGCUGCUGUCGGCCGUGUCGGCUUUGCCGAGGCCUGAACUCCCGGACCUCAUUGACUUUAGGCCUUUGAUCGUGCCCAAAGAGAUCAUCGAGGCCGCUGAAUCUAUGAACAAUGCAGUCGAUGUAAACGUCGAGGAUGCUGACACCGCCGUAAACUUCGUCGAUAACGUAGCUGAAGACGGUGUUGCUGUAAACUUUGUAGACAACGCGGAAGAUGCCGGUGAUGCAGUGAACUUCGUAGAUUCCCCUGUCAAUGAAAUCUUAGCUGACGACGCUGAAGUUGCCGUAAACUUCGUGGAUGACGUAGCCGAGGAUGGUGUUGCUGCUAACUUUGUAGACAACGCGGAAGAUGCCGGUGAUGCAGUGAACUUCGUAGAUUCCCCUGUCAAUGAAAUCUUAGCUGACGACGCUGAAGUUGCCGUAAACUUCGUGGAUGACGUAGCCGAGGAUGGUGUUGCUGCUAACUUUGUAGACAACGCGGAAGAUGCCGGUGAUGCAGUGAACUUCGUAGAUUCCCCUGUCAAUGAAAUCUUAGCUGACGACGCUGAAGUUGCCGUAAACUUCGUGGAUGACGUAGCUGAGGACGGUGUUGCUGUUAACUUUGUAGACAACGCGGAAGAUGCCGGUGAAGCCGUAAACUUCGUAGACAACGUGGAAGAUGCCUCUGAUGUCGUAAACUUCGUAGACAACGCGGAAGUUGCCGGUGAUGCCGUAAACUUCGUAGACAACGCGGAAGAUGUCGCUGAUGUCGUAAAUUUAGUAGACAACACCGAAGUUACCGGUGAUGCCGUUAACUUCGUAGACAACGCAGAAGAUGCCGUUGAUGCGGUUAACUUCGUAGACAACGCGGAAGAUGUCUUUGAUGCCGUAAACUUCGUGGAUACUGCUGACAACGUUGAAUCUGCCAAUUUCGCAGACGUUGCCAACGACGAUGUUUCCGUCAAUUUUGUAAACUCACCAACAAACGAACUGCCCGAAGAUUCCGUAGACGCCGUCAACUUCGUAGAUAUCCCGUUGGAAUCGAACGUAGCUGGUAUUUUGAUCAUUGGCAACGUUUACGAGGCAAUAAUGCCUUCCGAGUUGGAGACUCUGAGGGUUGUUGAUAUGCCAAUUGCCUUCGACCAAGAGACCGGAUACCCCCCAAAGGUUUACGAUAACCCUCUUCUUCGU